AUGAGCACUAGCAAUGAGACAGAACCGCCUGCGUGGGGUGUUCUCCCAGUAGAGCAAUACUUGAUUCGCAAAUGGGACCCCUCAUCCAAGCUCAACCCCGACGAGCAACGCGCUGCGCUGUUAGCGGCGUACAUCGACGAGGACGUACUCGACCCGGAGCUGUUGGCAUCCCCGCCGUCUCGCAUACCCACAGAGGCCGAGAUCGCAGAGAUCCUAGCACCGUGGCGGCCACAGAAGCUGCGCUGCAUCGCCGCCAGCUACGUGGUGCCGAACAGCGGCUUCCAUCAGUGGUUAAUCCUCAGAACGUAUUAUGGCGGCGGUGCUGCCGAUGACGCUAAGCUUCGGGAUUGGCUGGAUCUGGAUGAGUGCGAGGGGUCCCAGAUCCAGCCUGAGGAUGAGUGGCACUCCGUGCUGGAUGACCCGGCGCUGUUUGAUGUUGGGGAUGACUGGCAACGGGUGUACACGCUGCUGCCGGAGCUGGCGGCGCGGGUGCCGGAUCGCCGGUUCACCGACUGGCAUGUUGAGACGGUGAGGAACUUUGCGGCAAUGCACAAGAAGCCGGGGGAGGGGGUUGAUGAUGAGGAGUAUGAGGACUUAAUAAUGCGGUAUGCAGUGAUGGGCUCGGCGUGGCUGCUCGUGUUGGAUGAGGAUGCUUUCGAGGCGGGGGAGUUUGGUCUGAUUAUGCGAGACGCAAAGGGGAACCCGGUCAAAGAGACUACGAUCAAGCCCGAUCACCUGCAAUACUUUUACGUGGCAUAUGCUAUUAAGGGCUCGAUAUAUGAGUCGGAAUACUGGCAGGAAAUUGCAGUGGGGGAGAGGUACUGGACCGGUGGUAAGAUCAUGGGCGAGCUUCUGGCAAGGGUGAAAGGAGAGUAG